AUGUUGUUCUCAACCCGCGGCCCCUUGGCCGUGGCUUUGGCGGCAUCGUCGCUCGUAGCAGCCACUCCGAAUGCUGUGGCUCCUGCCGAGCCCAGAACUCUCGACCUCGCACUGCCGGAUCUUGGCGAUCUGAGCAAGCCCUUCACCGAGCACAUCAACCUGGACACCGACCUGAGCGGUCUGACUCUGGUCGAGGGAGUGCUCGUCGACGCGGUUGUCCCUCCUCUGGCCGCUGCCCACGCCGACGUUGACUUGGCCGUCAAGUGUCACGACUGCUUCGUCCGGGGAGACAUCAACGCCACCGUCUCUCUUGCCAGCCUCGUGCCAGCCCUCAGCCUCUCCCUGAGCGACGUUGAGGCCCAGUUGGACCUCGAGCUCUAUGUCGGCGUUGCCACCACUGUCGCUGUCAACCUCUACGCCCCUGUUGCACCCAUCGAGCUGCCCAUCGCUGGCCUCAAGGUUUCUGCUCUCGUCUACGUCGACCUCGUCCUGAGCCUCGAUGCUGCCAUUGACGUGACCGCCGGUAUCUACGUCAGGCUGACCGAGGAUGCCCUCAUUGAGAUUGACAUUCUGAAGGGUGAGCUCCUGAACACUGAGUUCACUGGCCUUGCCGUCAAGACCCUCCCCAUCGAGGUCCGCAUCGGUUGCGCCAAGCUCCAGGCUGCCCUGCGUGUCCGCGUCCAGGCCGGCGUCGAGGCCGAGCUCGACCUCAACGACCUGCUCCCUCUCGGCCUCGACAUCCCCGAGAUCGGUGCCGGUGUCGAGCUCGGUGUCUACGCCAACAUCGUCGAGUACGUCGGCUUCCUGUGCGACACCCCCAGCUGCCCCGUCUCCAAGGAGUCGUACGGCGUCAACAUCGGUGCUGCCGUCGAGCUUGACGUCGAGGUUGGCGACUUGAUUGACCUGUCCCUGGCUCCCACCGUCUCCCUGGGUCUCCUGACUCUGCCCACGGCCACCCACUGCUCGCAGAGCGGCGGUCACACCUACUCGACUCUGCCUCCCACCGCUUCCGCUUCCGCUUCUGUCUCUGUUCCCACCAUCGGUUCGCCCGCCGGCUCCCUCGUAGGUGAGGGUGGUGCCUCCGGCAAGCCCACUGCUUCCGUCACUGGCUCGACUCCUGCCCACGUCACCUCCAGCAACGAGGCCGCCACGGGCACCGGCAAGCCCACUGGAACUGGUCUCGUCACCUCGACCCUUACCAGCACUGCCACCUACGUCGUCACCGCCUGCGCUGCUGAGGUGGUCAACUGCCCUGCCGGCUACCAGACCACUGAGACCCUCAUCAAGACGACCAUGUACACAACUGUGUGCCCGGCCACUGCCUCGAUCACGGCUUUCCCUAGCACCACCUCGUCGGCUGCUCCCAAGCCCACUUCGUCUGACGUGACCGUCGUCACCCAGGUCACCACCCUCGUCCCCUGCUCUUCGGUCGCGACCUUCACUCCCCCCGCCGGUGUCAGCACUUACCCUCCUAAGUCUGCCUCCAGCACUGUUGCCACCGCAACUGCUACCCACCCUGCUGGCGGCAACACCGGCAACUACCCCACUGGCAGCGUGAGCUACCCGGCCGGCGGAAAGGAGACUGCCACUCAUCCUGCCGGUGGUGCUUCCACUUCUACCGUCACCAAGCCCAGCGAGACCGCAACCUACCCUGCCGGUGGCAAGGAGACCGCUACUUACCCUGCCGGUGGUGCUUCUACCUCCCCGGUCACUAAGCCCAGCGAGACCGGAACCUACCCUGCCGGUGGUGCUUCUACCUCCCCGGUCACUAAGCCCAGCGAGACCGCUACCUACCCGGCUGGUGGCAAGGAGACUGCAACCUACCCUGCCGGUGGCAAGGAGACCGCUACCUACCCUGCUGGAGGUGCUUCCACUUACCCCGGAUCUGCGUCGUACCCGGCCUCGUCCGCAACCAAGCCCGCCGGAUACCCGGUCCCCUCGUCGGAGGCUCCUUACCCCACCUACCCGGCCGGCGGUAAGCCUGGCAGCGGCUACGGCAACUCCACCGUGCCCUACCCCACUGGUAUGGUAACCAGCUCCUACAAGCCCAGCGCCUCGGUCGUCUACCCGACCACCAAGUCAUCUUCUUACCCUGCUGGCACUCCUUCGUCGACUCCCGUCGCCGCCGGUGCUGGCAAGAUUGGCUCCGGCGUUGCCGGUGCUCUGGCUGUUGCUGCCCUCGUCGCCAUGAUCUAA